AGAAGCCAUGAACUCAUCUCUUUUAACCCCUUCUUCAUCUUCAUCUUCUUCUUCUUCUCCUCAUCUCCAGUCUCCAGCCACUUUUGACCAUGAUGACUUCCUCCACCACAUCUUCUCCUCCGCUCCUUGGCCUCUCUCCAUCCUCGACGACGGUCCUUCACCCGCCUCUGACGCCAGAAACCAGAUCACGACGGUUCCUCUCCCUCACCAUAAUCCAAACGACGUUGACGGCUCCAUUCAAGCUCUCUACAAUGGCUUCUCCGCCGGAUCUCUCCCUUUCCACCUCCCUCAGGGAUCGGUAGGAGGACUGAUGAAACAAACUCAAAGACAAACGCAACCGCAUGCGACAGCGACGGCGAAAACUACCACCGGUGGCACCGCGGGGCCACCUCAGACUAAACCCAAAGUCCGAGCUAGAAGAGUUAUGGAGAGAGAGAAUUGCGGAAAGAAUGAAAUCUCUUCAAGAACUUGUCCCUAAUGGCAACAAGGAUGUCGGUGGGUCCCACGAAAACACCUCUUCCACCUCCACCGAGAAUCAGACGACGGCGAAGAUGACGGAGCACCAAGUGGCAAAGCUGAUGAAGAGGACAUGGGAGCAGCGAUGCAGUACCUACAAGGCAAAGGCAUCUGCCUCAUCCCCAUCUCCUAAGCCACAACCAUCUCAACCGCCACGCGUCCUUCUCGUAAACCAUUGAUCUCUGCAGCCGUUAAAGAUCCUGGCGUUCCUUUGUCACCUCUCUCCGUCCAGUCGACAAACACAGCCACUACAUCAAUCGUUAACGGUAACGGUGCCUCGUUGGUUACCGUUAAAGACGCUCCCUCGGUUUCCAAGCCGUGAUAACAGCCGUUUCCCCUUUUUGAGGGAGUGUGUUAGGCUGAGUCGGAUAGGUGGUUUUGGUCAAAGUCUAGAAAUAAUAAUGUUUCAUUUUGAGAUACGACACCGUAUGAGCGUACACUUCGUUUCUGUUUUUUACCUGCUACAAACCACUUUCAAUGCCACGCUCGUGUGUUCUCCUUUCUUGUAUUAAUCUAAUAUAUUUAAUGGUUUUUGGUCUAUAAGGUUAU